GCCCUCCCUCUAGUCUAUCACUUCAAAAGUUAGGGAUGGCUAUGCUCAGAUAAUCUUUUGGUAGCUUCGCGCAAAACAAACAAACAAACAAAUACAACUUUAUUAAGUUCUUUUGAAAACUGCGAUCUUGUUAAUAAAUGUUUAGGGUUAGCCUGACGUAAUAUUAACAACAGCGGGGAUUGGACAUCCUGGAGAUAAUGUUACAAAAGUUUCUGUGUUACAAACAGUACACAUUACUUUAGCAUUUAUCACAAAAAUUCCUGUCGACACGAAAUCAAAGGUCAAAUAUCUUUAAGCAAGAAAAUUGCAUCGAAAUAAUGUAUGACGUCAUAUCCUAACGUCGCCUGGUGGUGAGUUGUUGAUAUCGAGGGAUAUACUUUCACGUACUAAAAUUCGCAUUAUCUGAGAGAAGUUAACAUUUAUUUACACAAUAUUAUCACUCAGCCAGGGGCGCCACCAGACUGGAUUAUCUUGUUCUAUUUCUAGAUAAAACUUUCCAGUGAGUUAACUGUCUUCUAAUUAAUUAUAAACAAGUGAGAUAAGACAAGAAGAUUAGAACUUAUACUGUAGAUUAGCUUGUAUUACUCACCACAAGGGGGCUUUUGUUGAGUGUUGUUGUUUUAUCAGAACAGUAAGCCUACUUAUAUUUUUAAUGUAAAGCAUUGUCUGAUAAAAGUCCGUGUGUAUCUCCAUAAACCUAGCCACCAAACUUGACAUAUACCCCCCCCCCUCGUCAGCUAGUUAUAAUAUAAACCCUAAGAACUUAAAAUUGAAAGUAAAGGAAAAUGGAUGUACAACAAUAUGUAAGACACAUAUCUGUUAGAUGCAAUACCGACGAGGCCUUUCGCCUUAUACCAGGACUCAUCAGAUCGGGUUGGAUACGACAGACAUAGUAGUGUUUUAGACAGUAUUUAGAUUAUCAAAUUGCAUGAACUACAGCUGUAAUGGUGUGAACUAGAGUAAUGGGCUACUCUUUUACUAACGAAUAGUGGGAUUGAUCGUCACAUUAUAACGCCCCCACGGCUGAAAUAGCGAGAAUGUUUGGUGGGACGGGGAUUCGAACCCGGGACCCUCAGAUUGCGAGUCGAGCGCCCUAACCACCCUAAUCCAUUUAUUAUUAAUGCUUAAUUUCUAAGGUUAGUCACAAUAAAAAAAAUAAUAAUUAAAAAGUCCACACGAAUUCUGAGGUAUACUAACACGUAUCCGAAGCAUGGUUAGUGUUAACUUGUGUUGGUUUUGGUUUCAGUUUGAGAGUGUUUUUGGCGUGUCGUGGAGUACGUAUGCUCUGAUACUGAUAAAGAAUCCAGAAUGGGUGGAUAACCUGUCCAAUGUAACUGAUACGUUCAACCAGAAGUUUAUCUCGUCAUUCAAAACCUACAACGAGAAAGAUGUGGAUGAAAUAAUAAUCAUGGCUGCGAUAGCCCUUAACUCUUUAUGGUUCACGUGUUCGAUGCUUCUUUUAUGUGGAAACUCGGCUAACUCCAGGUGUAUAUUGUUGACUUGGAUGGUUGUCUUAGCCCUCACUAUUUUUGCAAACGUCUGUGGCACGGGGUACUACGGAUAUCGUCUAAAGGUAUGGAUAUUUCUUUUUUAUAUUUAA